AAUAAAAAACAAUUUAUAAUUUAUCGAUAAAAAUUACCAACAGUUAACAGAAGUCGUUAUUGAUGAUCGUGAUGAUCACAGUGUGCCGUGGUGUGUCUUGUUGAAUAGUAAGUGCCGGCUGACCUCGUUUGUUUGUAUAACUAUCUGUGAAUGGAGUCGAGUAAUUAUUUUAAAAUUCAUUAGCGAAAAGUACUGAAAAAAUCAUCAAUGACAUGACAUCAUAAUUAAUAAAUAAACAGUUUCUCGAUAAAUAAAUAUAACAAUGGGAGUAUUGCAUGCAAAGGAACCAAAUAUACCCAAAGACUAUGGAAUGCCUGACACAUAUCCUGGUGCAACUCCAGCGCAACCUAGAGUACCUCCACGUCCUGCUGGCCCAGAAGCAUCUGAUGAUUCUGGUCAGGUUACGGUUGUUCGGACCAUCGACUUACAUCAAAGGAUUCGGGUAGACAAGGUCCACAUUGACGGUCUAAUGAGAACUAAGGAUGAUAUUGUCAAGGCACAAGUUAUGGACUUGUUCAAAGCUAAGGAUUUUCGUCAGGUUGUUGAUCAAGCUCAGACAGUUAGGAAUAAGUUGGAAUCGAUAGGUUGUUUUAAAAAAAUAGGCGUUAGCAUUGACACCAGUAAGGGACCAGACGCAACUCCAGAAGGUGUUGAGGUGACAUUCAAUGUAAAAGAAAUGAAUCGUUUAAGUGGUGGAAUAAGUACGAUGGUUGGUAAUAAUGAAGGUUCAGUUUUAAUUCAAGCAAAGGCACCAAAUAUUUUUGGUCGUGGAGAACGUCUGCAAGUUGAGUAUUCAUAUGGAUCAAGAAGUUCGACAAACAUCAAUGUAUCAGCAAUAAAACCGUUUGUGGAUAAUUGGUUGCACACAAUACUUACCACCAGCGUGUUCAGUACAACGACGGAUGUACCUUGGUCUGGUUACAAAGAAAAAGACAAUGGAAUUUUGUUUGAUGUUGCCAUAGCGCCAGGCACACUGAAGCACAAUUUUCAAUACGAAGCCACUUAUAGAGAUAUUAUUGCUACGAAGAAAGCAUCUUUUCGGGUUCGGGAACAAUGUGGUCCAAGUCUCAAGUCAGCUUUAAGGCAUAUCUGUUCGAUUGACAAAAGAGAUGAUACGAUAUUUCCAACUGGCGGCAGUCAUGUUUCGUUUACCACCGAAUUAGCUGGUCUUGGUGGUGACACAGGUUUUAUGAAGUAUGAUUUUACGCUGCAAAGCAACUGGACACCAGUUGAAUUCAUGACAUUUCAAGUUGGUGCACAAGCUGGAUUUUUACGAGAAAUAAGUAACGAUUUACAAAUAAAUAUAACUGAUUUAUUUUUCCUCGGAGGACCAUUGCAUAUACGUGGGUUUCCGCGUAGAGGUUUCGGGCCUUUCAAUGAAGGCAAUGCCAUGGGAGGAAACACUUACUGGGCAUUAGCACUUCAUCUGUAUACACCACUGCCUUUCAGACCUGGAAAAAAUAGUUUUGGUGACUUAUUUAGGCUACACGGUUUUAUUAACGGCGGUAAUUUAGGAAAUAUCAGUUUACAAAAAGAUGGCGAUUAUUCCGAUAAUUUAAAAAUAUUCACAGACAAUGUGCGAUGUUCAGCUGGUAUGGGAAUAGCAAUGAGACUUGGUGGCAUCGCGAGAAUCGAGUUGAAUCUCGUGAUGCCUUUGCUGAUGGGUAGAUACGACAUGUUCCAACAGUAUCAAUUUGGAAUCGGUGUCCAGUAUUUAUAAUAAAUAUAAAUAAAUAAACAAAUAAACAUCACAAACGUUCGAGUUGAAUACUCGUUAUCAGAUAGUGCAUGAUUGUAAAAUUGUAAAUUAAAUAUAUUUAAUUCCAAUGUUAUUCUACCAGGUAAAGUCAAUCAAACAUGUCUGUAUAGUACUUUGAAUAAAAGACAAAAUUAUUAAU